UCAUCUGUAGCAGAGGGGCAACAUGAAGCAAAAGAUGGUGAUCAGGGUGCACAUGACGUGCGACAAAUGCCGGUCCAAGGCAAUGGGCUUGGUUGCCUCCAUAUACGGAGUGGAGCGUGUGGAGAUACAAGGCGACGACAGGGACCGGCUGGCGGUGGUCGGCGACGGGGUGGACGCCGCCAACCUCACGGCCUGCCUUCGGAAGAAGGUGGGGAACGCGGACCUCCUCACAGUGGAGGCGGUCGUUCCCGAGAAGAAGCCGGCACCGGCAUCGGAGACCACCGAGGCUCCGUGGUAUCCCGGCUACUACUCCUGGCCGGCAGGGGCCUACUCCCACUGCUAUCCGUACACGUACACCAUGUAGUAAUCUCUUGUGUGUCUGCGGUAUUUAUCGAAGAUUGAUCCAUGUAAUGAUUCCCAGGGAAAUGAAUUGACUCAUGCA